GCCCCCAUCACCGCCUCCACCACCACCCCGCAACCCACCAAAGUCGCCUACUUCUACGACUCCGACGUGGGCAACUACGCCUACAACGCCGGCCACCCCAUGAAACCCCACCGCAUCCGCAUGGCCCACAGCCUCAUCAUGAACUACGGCCUCUACAAACGCCUCGAGAUCUACCGCGCCAAGCCCGCCUCCAAGCUCGAGAUGACGCAGUUCCACACCGACGAGUACGUGGAUUUCUUAUCGAAAGUCACGCCGGAUAAUAUGGAUGCGUAUGCGCGCGAGCAGGGCAAGUAUAAUGUCGGUGAUGAUUGUCCCGUGUUUGAUGGGUUGUUUGAGUUUUGUGGGAUUAGUGCGGGUGGGAGUAUGGAGGGGGCGGCGCGGCUGAAUCGGGGGAAGUGCGAUAUUGCGGUGAACUGGGCGGGCGGGUUGCAUCAUGCGAAGAAGAGCGAGGCGAGUGGGUUUUGUUAUGUUAAUGAUAUUGUUCUGGGGAUAAUAGAACUCCUCCGCUUCCACCCCCGCGUCCUCUACAUCGACAUCGACGUCCACCACGGCGACGGCGUGGAGGAGGCCUUCUACACCACCGACCGCGUCAUGACCGUCUCCUUCCACAAAUACGGCGAGUACUUCCCCGGCACCGGCGAGUUACGCGACAUCGGCGUCGGGAAUGGGAAACACUACGCCGUCAACUUCCCCUUGCGUGACGGGAUCGACGAUAAAUCGUACAAAGAUUGCUUCGAGCCGGUGAUCCAGUGGGUCAUGGACUUUUACCAACCCAGCGCUGUCGUUCUGCAAUGUGGAGGCGAUAGUCUGAGUGGUGAUCGGUUGGGUUGUUUCAACCUGAGCAUGCGCGGACAUGCGAAUUGCGUCAAUUUCGUCAAGUCGUUCAACAAACCUACUCUCAUACUAGGAGGAGGCGGAUACACCAUGCGCAAUGUCGCUCGUACGUGGGCGUACGAAACCGGCCGGCUCGUAGGAGUGGAGAUGAGUUCCGAACUGCCGUUUACGGAUUACUAUGAAUACUACUCCCCGGACUUCGAGCUGGAAGUCAGGCCGAGUAAUAUGGACAACGCGAACAGCCCGGAAUAUCUACAGAGGAUCAAAGAGCAAGUCUACGAUAACCUGCGACGUACCCAAGCGGUGCCUAGCGUACAACUUCAGGACGUUCCGCGACAGCCGCUUGGCCCGGUGGUGGACGACGAGGAAGACGACCGCCUUGACGACGAAGAAGCGGACGCGGAGCAAAGCAAGGACAAACGGUAUACCUCCCGUCUCUGGGACAGGAAAACGGAGCACGCGAACGACUACGACGAGAUGUCUGAUGACGAGGAACUGGCGGAAGCUCAGGGGGUGAGACGGCAACCGGGCAGGCCGAAGAGGAAGGGGAUCAUGGAUUAUCGCAACCCGCAUGCUCCCGAUGAUGAUAAUAGCGGCGCUGUGACGCCU